CCCUCUCUCCCUCUUUCCCCCUCCCUUCCCCUUCACUUCUCUCCCUCUCUGAGCUCCUCACAGUAGAGACAAAAUGCUGCUAUCGGUGACUUCCAGGCCCGGGGUUUCGACUUUCGCCUAUAACAAGAACAACAAGAAGCCAUAUGUGUCAUUGUCUCAGCAGAUGGCACCGCCAAGUCCAAGGAACAGCACCCCUACCGGGAGCAGCGGGAGCAGCGGGAGUGACCAGCUAAGCAAGACCAACCUGUACAUUCGGGGAUUGCAGCCGGGCACUACCGACCAGGACCUUGUCAAGCUCUGCCAGCCAUAUGGCAAGAUUGUGUCCACUAAGGCUAUCCUGGACAAGACCACAAACAAGUGCAAAGGCUAUGGCUUUGUGGACUUCGACAGUCCCUCAGCAGCACAGAAGGCUGUAACUGCACUGAAAGCCAGCGGUGUGCAGGCACAAAUGGCUAAGCAACAGGAACAAGACCCCACAAACUUAUACAUCUCAAACCUCCCGCUCUCCAUGGAUGAGCAGGAACUGGAGGGCAUGCUGAAGCCCUUCGGCCAGGUCAUCUCCACUCGAAUCCUCCGAGACACUACUGGGACCAGCAGAGGGGUUGGCUUUGCAAGGAUGGAGUCCACAGAGACGUGUGAAGCUGUCAUCACCCACUUUAAUGGAAAGUAUAUAAAGACACCCCCUGGAGUAGCAGCACCCUCUGACCCCUUGCUUUGCAAAUUUGCUGAUGGUGGGCCAAAGAAACGACAAAACCAUGGAAAAUUUGUGCAAAAUGGACGAGCCUGGCCAAGGAACGGAGAAAUGGGUGGUAUGGCCUUGACCUAUGACCCCACCGCGGCUCUUCAGAAUGGGUUGUACCCAGCCCCUUACAGUAUUGCUCACAGCAGGAUGCUUGCUCAGUCUGCACUCUCCCCGUAUCUUCCAUCUCCUGUGUCCUCCUAUCAGAGAAUGACUCAGACGUCUCCUCUACAAGUACCUAACCCAUCUUGGAUGCAACACCAGUCGUACCUCAUGCAGCCUUCAGGCUCAGUUCUGACACCAGGGAUGGACCAUCCCCUCUCUCUCCAGCCUGCCUCCCUGAUGGGACAUCUUACCCAGCAACUGGGCCACCUGUCACUCAACAGCUUGGGCACGUUCAUGCCAGCCGCGGCCGCUAUGCAAGGAGCUUGCGUCUCCCAGUAUCCCACUGUGCCUUCCUCCAGUGUUUCUGUUGAGGAGAGUAGUGGUCAGCAGAACCAAGUGGCAGUGGAGACCCCCUCAGACCAUGGGCUCUAUCCUUUCCAGUUCAGCAAGUAAUGAGUGAACCUUUCCCCUACCCCAAAGACUCCGGCUGAGCUGCUUCUGGUCCUCAUGAAAAGGUUUGUGUAUGUUGGAAUUGCUUAGGAAGACUUUUUAAACGAUUUCUUUAAAAAAGAAGAAAAAAUAGUGCUGGAGAAUCGAUGAAGGAGCCCUGAGUGCCGAAACUAGUUACGGACUAUUUUUGAUAUUUGUCAGUAUGCGUUUUAAUAUGCAGACUUAAAUUUUGUUUUGCAAAGUUCUCAGCUCACACACUGCACCUCCCACCCUUUAAGUCAGGGAACGUAGACCAGACUGGCCUUGAACUCUGUUUCCUGAGUGCACCACUAUGCCUGGCUAGUUGGCUUUUUUUUUUUUUUAAAACUUCUUGUCCAGAUUUUUUUCCUUUUACAUUUAGCCGAGCCUGCCUACUUUGCCUUUUUAUAGUUUCUGUUUGGUUUUUCAAGACAGGGUUUCUCUGUGUAGCCCUGGUUGUCCUUGAACUCAAGGCUUGGCCUUGAACUCACAAGAGAUCUACCUGCCUCUGCCUCAAGUGCUGGGAUUACAGGCAUGCACCUGACUCUUUUUUACAGUUUUUAAUUUGUAAAAUUGACUUAAAUUUCAUGUGGAACUGGGGGAAGGGAGAGCAACACACAAGUAGAGAAGUGCGGACAGUAGAGGUGGCUUUCCCACUGCCCUCCUGUCCUAGGAGACAAGAGAGACUACACUUUGCCUUCAGGAAGCAGAUGAGUGACAUUGUGCAGCCUUUGGAAGCCAAAUCUGGUGGACAGUGCUACAGACAAGUGUCAUCCAGCUUCAGGACCCUGGGACACCUGCUCUGCCUCCUGGAGGGUCUUCAUUCUGCCCAAGGUC